AUGUCCGGAAAGAUGACUCAGGCCGACAAGUCUCGCAUCCAGAGCACCCAGGCCCAGGGCGGCAAGGACAUGUCGCCCGGCGGUUUCGCGGCCAGAGCCCAGGGCGCGGCCGACCGUAACGCCAACGCCGGCGGACAGCAGCAGGGCAGCCAGGGCGGCCAGGGUGGACAGCAGCAGCAGGAUGGACAGGGCGGCCAGAAGAAGUAG